CUCUUCUUCUUCUCCUCUCUUCUUCUUCUCCUUCUCUCCUCUUCUCUUUACCUUACUCGUCUACAUUCACUAGCUUCUUGGUUACAUCUUCUCAGUGCCUUGGAAUAUCGAAGCACAUACACAAAAAGGAGAAGCAGUGCAAUGUCUUCCUGUAGUGGGACACACGACUGUAAGAAGCUGAUUUUCAGCCAAGUCAUGCCACCAUCAAUCACUCUGGCAACUCCAGCAGUAUCAAUGACUUGUGUCCAUUCCAUUCCAUCAAGUUCGACGCUCUCUUUGCAGAAUACGUUCUCAUCAGAUUCAAUAUCGAGCUUUGGUUCAGAUUCAUGUUCAAGUUCGUCAGACCUAGUUCACAAAUACUCCUCUCCAUCUCUCAGAUCUGCCCUUUUCUCAAAGAAAUGCUCGCUAUACAAAGCUAGAAAAUCAUCAUCAAAAGACCUGUUGUCAUUAAUUUCUCCCCCUCAGACGUCUUCUUUACAAAUAUCUCAAAACUGUCACUGCAAUAGAUUUCAUCCUGCAGCCGAAGAGACGAGCUCGAAUUUUUCAGAAACAACGUUUGCAUCAUCUUAUCUGUCAUCUUUCAUAUCCGAUGUCGAUAACAAUAGUUUAUAUUCUAAUCCUGUGUCAACAACUAUUUCAACUAUCUAUGAAGUCGACGACGACAGUCAUCCUCUAGGUGAUUUUCUUGAGGAUGAAACAUUAGCAGAAGUUUUUGACAUAAGAAGUAAUGAUGCUAAUGGCCAUAGAAACGAAUACAAGAUUGAUAAAGUGUCGUUCACAUCCCUUUGGGACAAGCUUGUCAGUUCAUCGUUCAUUACGUCCACUAAGUUGUUUUAUCAAAGCAACGAGUCAUUUUUUACUAAUGCAGUCAACAAUAUCAACAUUGAAAAUAGAGAUCUUGUUCUCCAUGAUCUUUUACCGUUGGAAACUUUUCAUACUGCUUACAAAGCCAUCGAUGAACGUCAUGACAGAAACAACAUCAUCGUUCCUAGAUCCAGGGAAUGCAGAAUAAAUCCCUUAUUUCUAAGAUUUUUCGCUAUAAACGAAUCGAUCAAAAAAAAUUGCUCAAGUGAGCUUCUUGAUGGAUCAACAGUCGAUUAUCAUCAAUACGAAUUCAUAAAUUCCGGAUGCUCAUCCCUGGAUGAGUAUCUUUCUAGUUUCAAUUUUGAGGAAAAAACCACAACAUUAAAAUUCCAACUUUUGUCGAGGGACAAAAUGUGGUCGGAGGUGGUACUACCUCCAAGAUCUGACAUAUCUUACAACAAAAAUUACAAAAGUUUCAGGGAUCCUUAUGUCAAGGUAAAGAAUAAGCCAAUAGAAAAUGGUUCAUUGGUUAGAGAAAAUGGCAAAGUUAUGCCAUGGCUUAAUUUGAAUGAUUGUGCAAUGCAAAACAAAAGAUGUUUCAGCCCCUCAGGGACAUUGCCGGGCAACAUUCAAUACACAGUCAAAAAUUGGGAAAAGAAACGCUGGUCGCCUACUUCUUUAUAGAUUAAUAAUUAUAUACAAUACCAUCACUAAUAAAUGACGCUAAUAGUUUAAA